AUGCUGCGUAUCCUAAACAUUCAAAUCUUGACGACGGCCAUGGCGGGGUAUAUGGACGACGAUUGGUUGCCUCCCAGUGGCUCAGAAGAAGAGCAGGAGCGGCCGGAGGAAGGAGACGGUGAGGCAGACGUGGUGCUGCCGGAUUAUGGCGAUGUGAACUUUUGGACCGAGGUGUACACGCACCAGCGGGGCCGCGAGUUGGCGCCGCAGGAGUGGCUCCUGUCCUAUCAGCACUUCUGUGCUCAAGGCUGGCGCCGCUUCUUCGACGCGGCCGUGCGCGCAAGUGGCCCUGGGCCGCGGAUUUUGGAUCUGGGCUGUGGCGAUGCCGAUUUUAUGUCCGAAGCUUAUGAUGAUGGAUACCAAGAUAUCACUGGAGUGGACAUCGUCGAGGAAGUGCUCGAAACCAUGAGGCAAAAGAAUGCGACCCAGCGGCCCAACAUGAAGUACGUCCUAGCCGACGCCUGCGACUUGACGUCGACCUUGGAGGCGAAGGACUUCGACGUGGUCUUCGACAAAAGCACGCUGGACGCCCUGAAGUGCCGUGGGCCCGAAGCCACCGGGCGCAUGUCAUCAGAGGUGCACCGCAUUCUGCAAGACGAUGGCGUCUAUCUUUGUGUGAGCCUGAAUCCACCUGAAGAUGCUCAGUCCGCCAUUGAGUCCACCGCGCAUGGUGAACGUUGGGAAGUGGAGGUCUUGGUGUGCGAGAAUGAGAACUACGAGGGACGUCGCGAUGGUCCCCCGAAGCACCUCUACAUGUAUGUUGCCAGAAAGCAGCAGGGAAAAGCAGAGUGCACAUAG